AUGCAAAGGUCGGUGCUAAAGGAGAAAGUCGUUCAGGUAUACGAAAAGCUAUUCGCUGGGCAGGAUAUUACCUCCGGAAGAGCAGAAUUUUGGGAUGAAUUCUUUCUCCUCAGAGUGAACAUCAAAGUGCUACUUUCGUAUUUUGAUAAAGUCCCACAGGAGCAUAUUACUAAUUUAAAGCCUCACUUAAGUCGAUUAUAUGGCGAAUGUCUACAAAAGGCUUUGAAUACCUCUCAUUGGCUGCGCAUUGCCAAUGCCCUUCAAACGUCAGACUGCCUCCUACUGGGUACUUUUCAGUCCAAAAAUAUAACUCUCUUAUCAGAAGACAGGCUCAAACUGCUGGUUCCCACUGAAUGCUUAGUGCCCGCCAAAGUUCUACUGAAUCACGUACAUGAAAACCCGUUUUUCGAGUGGUUAAUGGACGAAAGCCUCUUCGAACUCCUCGGCACACUUAUCAGUGAUUCCGUUCUACGACACCGCUUUGGCUUUGGUGCUUGUCGUCUCCUCGGACUCGUCUCCCAAUUUCAGUGGAAGGAGGUGAACAACCCUUUUCUGAUGAAAAUUGCUCAAGUGAAGGAUGAAAUCCUCCUAAAUAGCAUAUCUGCGGUGAUCUCAUUUGCCCUCUCGGAGUCCACGAGGAAAUACAACGAAUAUGUUCAUCCCUCCAGUGGCAUUUUCCCUUCACUUUCAAAUAUGCUUGGUGGACGUAAAAUCGAAGGACAGAGACAGGACUUCAGCAUGCAUGACGGACUGCUACUGUGUCUCUACGUGAUCAUUCUGCACAAUCCGCGUUUUCCCUCUCUCUUCUACUGCUCCCACACCCACACCGAUGCGCACCAACACAAUGUGAUGAGGUUUGAUAGAGGUUCUUCGCGCGGAAAAGUGAUGGAUAUCGGCGAUGUGGAUUGGACAAAUGAGAAUCACGCGCCGUAUCAACCGACUGUAGAUCCGCGCAAUCUGAUGGCUGAUCUGAUUGAAUAUGCCUCGGUGGUUAUGCAGGGCAUACGGGGGGAUUCUGAGGGCCUGAGUACGUGUAGUCUCUGCUUCAAAAUCAUGUCCCAUGCGACCAUGAACCUGUCCGUCUGCCGUUUUCUGCACGAAUACAACAUUCACUUUACCAUCCAGCUGCACAGAGCGCCUCUUCGACAUCGCAAAUCUGGUAUUGCUCUUCUCGAUCGCAGUUCCAAUAACACCAUGGCUGCUGUUCUUUUGGAUCUUCUGGUCGAAUUUUUCUGCACACACCUGAUGAAGUCCUUCCCUUUUGAAAUUCAUGGACAAUGUUUGAACAUUUGCUACCACCUACUUUCGCAUCAAAAAGAGCACGGUCUUCGGUUAAACUAUGAUUGGAGGCAGUUAUGGAAAGCUCUCUUCGACCUUAUGCGGUAUGUCAUCAAGCCAGACGGUCCGUGCGUCUGUGGGGAGACCUUUACCACUCUCCUGAAGAUUGUGGGCAUAUUUAACUUCUUCAUCACCUUUGGAGACUGCUUUCUGCCGGAUCCGAACACCUACGACGAUCUCUACUAUGAACUGAUUCGCAUGAAGGAUGUGGUGGAGCGACUGAUCCAAUUUGUCGAUCAACACUCCUGUUCACCCAAAAGCGACUGGAAAUCCUCAGCCAGGGAUCUUCGUGAAUCUGCGCAAAAUUUAAAGGUCAUUGUGAAGCAUUUCAAUGACAAGAUUUCUGCCUACGUUGCCAAAAGUAGCAUUACCUCAUUGACUGAAGCGCAGGUGUUUGAAAUUAUUCAAAAUAACUACGAAUCACUCACACUGCGGGUCUCCAAGGAUCUGUACAAAUACUAUGACGAGGCGGCGGGUGAUGUGGAGGAAGACAACGAUCGUAUGCUCGUAGAGGUAGUUCAGAACGUCCGAAGAGACUGUUUGAAGGCCGCGACGGCGUAUCAAUCACGAUUCAAUGAAUUGGCUGUGAUACAUUGA